CGUGGCACGAUGUGCCAGCGCCGUGGAUUCUGGGCUUUGGCUGUGGCUGUCUGCCUUGCCUUCGCCGAUGCACAGUCUUCAGUUCCCAUUGCGACUGAACCGAUCCUGGUGACAGCAACGGUGCCAACAGUCCUGCCCUCAUUCGUCACGGUCUAUUCUGUCGUGCCUGCAACCGAUGCCGCGCCGAACCAAGUGACGAUCGUUACAACAACGAUCGAUGGCACCGCGACAACUAUAACUUCUGCGGCAGUCGUUGCCGGCUCUGUCACUAGCACUAUCGUUUCGACCAUCUCUUUUACAACGAGUCAAAUUGUUGUCAGUACUGUUGGCUAUUCAACAAUCUAUGGUCCAGAUCAAACAACAGCAGCUGUCCCUAGCAUAUCUGAGACAGCUAUAUCUACCUCAGCAAUAGCUGGGUCGACUGCACCGAUUGCUUCGGAGCCAGUGUCGACGACCUCAUCAUCCUACCACACCACUAGCCUUACAGCUUCUACUACUCCUUCUUUGGCCGCGACUACAUCGAGGAAUGCGUCCAGUGCAUCCACAAUUGGUGACAACAAUCCGUCAUCUACAUCGACCCCGUCGUCUCAUAAUGGGGGCCUUUCUACCGGUGCCAAGGCCGGAAUUGGCAUUGCCGUUGCCCUGCUAGUUAUUCUUUUGGUUGUUCUAUCCUUCUUUCUGGGCCAGCGUUGUACGCGUCGUCGCAACAAUAUCUCGAGAGUCACGCCUGAUGAAGACUCUGUCGACGAAAAGGACACAUUCCAGGCCGGACGCCCUUACGAGACCACUGGCCCUCACGCCGCUUCGUCCGCACACACUAGUGAUAAAACGAAUGCCUAUUCCACGAAUACUACGGCAGUUGGGAGCGGUUCUCCGCCCGUAAGUGGGCGUUCCUACCACAACCCGGGUUCACCUCCAAGGGAACAUCGUUACGAAGAUUCAGAACUAUCAGCCCUUCCGCCAAUCACGAACGAAGACAGCCAAAUGUAUGUCGGGGUUCCUGCCCACAUGUCAGGCUCGAAACGUUGGAGUAUGAAAGAAUUCAUGAAGUGA